CCCCCCCUCCCCGGCUCCUCCCGGACUGGAAGCUAGCGGGAGGGGGAGUAGAAGCGGGGCGCCCUCAGUAGGCGGGGCAAAGCGGGGUGUGCGUGUGCGUGUGUGUGUGUGUGUGUGUGUGUGUGUGUGUGUGUGCGCGCGCGCGCGCUCGUGUGUUUUCCUCUCUCUUCUCUCUUUCUAUGUCUCUCUCUUUUUUGGUUGCAAGUAGGAAGCUUCUUGCACUCCACCACCUCUGGCCGCUGGGAAGACGUCAUCGCUUCCGCCCUACUUCCUCCUCCUGUUGGCGGCGCUGAGAAUCCAAUAUGGAGUAAAUCGGUGGAGUCGCGAGAUGGGGUUCGGACGGGGCGCCCUGCACCGCCUCCCAGGCGCACGUCCCCAGGCCGCCGAGCGCUACCCGGAACCCUGAUUGGCCCGGUCCCCGGGGGCGACCCCGGCCCGGCCCCACCGCAGCCGGCUGGCCGCCCGCCGCCCCGAGCGCGCUUGUUUUUCUGCUGUUCUCCCCCUCCGGGUCCCCUUCCCAAAUCUCGCCCCUGCGCUCCUUUGGAGCCCGGGGGGGGGGGUGCCGCGCCCGGCUGGCCUGUGGCGUCUGCUGCUGCCCGGUGCACCCCUUCCUCGACCUCGUCUUGCGCUCGGGGAGCCCCGGGUCCCCGCCUGCCUCGGCGCCCCCUUCCUCUCCAGCUGCCCCCUCCACCACCAAAUCAGGAGAUGUCGGAGAUGUGAGGAAGGGGGGCGAGCGCGCAGGAAGAUGAAGGGAGCCAGGCUGCCCGCCGCGGGACAGGCGUCUAGGUGAACAAGAAAAUGACCGAAGAAACACACCCGGACGAUGACAGCUAUAUUGUGCGCGUCAAGGCUGUGGUUAUGACCAGAGAUGACUCCAGCGGGGGAUGGUUCCCACAGGAAGGAGGCGGGAUCAGUCGCGUCGGGGUGUGUAAGGUCAUGCACCCUGAAGGCAAUGGACGGAGCGGCUUUCUCAUCCACGGUGAACGGCAGAAAGACAAACUGGUGGUGUUGGAAUGCUAUGUCAGAAAGGACUUGGUCUACACCAAAGCCAAUCCGACCUUCCAUCAUUGGAAGGUGGACAAUAGGAAGUUUGGUCUUACUUUCCAGAGCCCUGCGGAUGCGCGAGCCUUUGACAGGGGCGUGAGAAAAGCCAUUGAAGACCUUAUAGAAGGCUCAACAACCUCAUCUUCCACCAUUCAUAACGAAGCUGAGCUCGGAGACGAUGACGUUUUUACAACAGCUACAGACAGUUCUUCCAAUUCCUCUCAGAAGCGAGAGCAACAUGCGAGGACAAUCUCCUCCCCGACAUCCUGUGAGCACCGGAGGAUUUAUACCCUUGACCCAUAUGCCAUGGACCACUACCACCCCGACCAGCGGCUGCCAACGAGGUCCUACCCUCAGGUCACCUUCCCAGAGGAUGAAGAGGAAAUCGUGCGCAUCAAUCCCCGGGAGAGGAUCUGGAUGACGAGCGGCUACGAGGACUACCGGCACGCGCCCCUGCGCGGCAAGUACCUGGAUACCGCGGGGGACGUGGACUCCUACGUGCGCUUCGCCAAGGGUGAGGCCACCAAGCACGACUAUAAUUACCCCUACGUGGACUCCUCGGACUUUGGCUUCGGCGAGGACCCUAAAGGCGGCAGAGGCAGCGUGAUCAAGGCGCAGCCCGCCAAGGGCAAGUCCCGGCGGUGGCGCAGGGAGGAUGGUGAGCGCUCGCGCUGCGUGUAUUGCAGGGACAUGUUCAACCACGAGGAGAACCGCAGGGGCCACUGCCAGGAUGCCCCCGACGCUGCCAGAACUUGUAUCCGUCGUGUGAGCUGUAUGUGGUGCGCAGACAGCAUGCUCUACCACUGUAUGUCGGACCCUGAGGGAGACUACACGGACCCUUGCUCGUGCGACACCAGCGACGAGAAGUUUUGCCUCCGGUGGUUGGCACUUAUCGCCUUGUCUUUCUUGGCCCCCUGUAUGUGCUGUUACCUCCCCCUUCGAGCCUGUCACCACUGCGGAGUAAUGUGCGGGUGCUGCGGGGGCAGGCACAAGGCCGCCGGGUGAUGAGCUCCCCACGUCCCCCCCUCGCACAUCCAACCACUUGUCUCUUGCGUACUCCACCCCCACACACCCCAUCUUCUCCCCGGCUCCCCUCCAGCUCCAAAGGACGAGGCCACGAGGAGGUCAGACUCCCUGGUCCCCUGAAGCAUCAUUCCAGGCCCGGGGAAGCUGCGCCCCUGGUGUCAGCCACAUGCCCCCAUAGGCUCACCAUGUAGGUUGAGGAAAGGGGCCUUCAGCAUAGACUCGUCGGUUUUACCAGCCUGCGGUCACACUGUCCGGCUUACCCACGUAUUGAUUUCCUGUGCCUCCUCCCCACCUCUUUGUCGCAAGGAAUCUUCGGUAGAAACUUGUAAGAUUUGGGGGAGUUUAUAGUUGAUUCCCCCCCAAGCACCGGAGACUGUUUUCCUCCACGUUGGGCUUGCCUGUUGCUGACAAGCACAGGUUCACCGGAGAUGUGACCGAAUGGUGAAACCCUUGGAAAGUAUUGUAACACGCAGUACUCCAGGAGGUGAGCUGGGUAACAAGCUUGUACCACAAAACCGAGUUCUCCCAUGUCUCCUACAGUUUCUGUCUUUAGUCCAUCAUCGUCUUCUGCCCCUCCCCUACCUGUUGGAUUCAUUUCACUGAUGCAAAGCAGUUACCUUUAAAAAGACUUGAGAACUGAGCCUUAACUUCAGAUUAACUUGUGAGAAUCAGGAAAAAUUCCUCAAAUUGCAUUAUUACAUCCUCUUGGACCAGGGUUAGAAAGGGGAUUUUUGGGUUUUUUGAGCCUGCCCAGUUUACCCCUAAAAUAGGACUUUUUUUUAGAAUUCUGUUGCCACUUCUAAAAUCUUAGCAAUAUUAGAAUAACACACCACUGAAAUAAAUUUUACUCAUUAUUUUACAAACCAAAUAGGUUUAUUCAAAUGCAAGACAGUGUUCUGGAAACGGGUUCCAGUUGAGAAACACUGAGAGCUGUGGUGAAUAAAACUAGCCGUUUCUGCCCCCUGCAAGUUAUUUUACAUUUUUCAGGGGGAAUUGUUUUGUUUUGUUUCUUGUUUUUUGUUUUGGCUUGGUUUAGUUUGGUUUGGUUUUGGUUUUUCGAGACAGGGUUUCUCUGUGUAGCUUUUGGAGCCUGUCCUGGAACUUGCUCUGUAGACCAGGAUAGCCUCCAACUCACAGAGACCCACGUGCCUCGGGCUGGGAUCAAAGGUGUAUGCCACCACCGCCCUCAGGGGGAGUUUUAAACACCUAAAUUAGUGGUGGCUGGCUUUUUGGAUUUGUUUUUGUUUUAAUUUGGGGCUCAAUUAAUUUAUACUUAGGAAAAAACAAGGCCAUAUGUAAAAACCCUUCCAAUGCCUAAGUGUCUUUUCCCUGCCACUCCACACCCAUGUUUGCCACUUGGGGUGCACAGAUCAGGGUGGAUCACCAACUGAUUCUACCCACCACUGAGCCACUUAAAAGGCUUGGAAUUUGCUAGAGGAGGAAAAACCAUUUUUAAUAUGUUGCAAGGAAUAGCCAAAUCUUGACGGGGGUGGGGUUGGGGUGGGGGGAUGUGAAAGUGGUUACCUAUACCUAGACAAUCAUAACUUCGCGGGGACCAUAGGGGACACGCUUGUUGCCGCUGACUGUUCUCCCCACCAAGCUCUUUCCGUGGUGAUUACCGGCGGAAGGCAGGCUCAGUCCCUCCUUCUCACCCAUCCCUAUAUUGCGCACAGGACACCAGUCUUCAAGGAAAAGGACUUUUCUCCAGUGGGAAAAAUGCUAGCCAUGCUUACCUUUAUGGCAACGUCAUCUUCUGCUUGCCUUGGCGGCCUCUGUGUUUCUUUAGACGGGUCAUCCGUGUAGAUGAUCAGUGUGCUUCUGAGUUCGUUGGUAGAUGUUUUCCUUUGCUGGGAUGGCUGGUUGGGACAUCCAUUGCAGAAGAGGUGCCAAGAGCUACAGCGUGGUCUAUGGGGGGUAGGCGGUCUCCUUACCAUGAGAUCGUCUAGACUGCCUCCAGCCAGCCUCCAGUGCUGUGGAGAGACUGUCGUCCCCACUUGAGGAACUUCCCUCGGGCCCUUUCUCGGGUCACCUCUCUGCAAAGCACAACACUAAUCUCUGUUUCCUCAGACCUCAGUUCAGCCGCCCCUAUUUAUUUCAGCCAGAGCGCACAUCCCGGUUGCUUCCUGGUGGCUGCCUUUGCUGUCUUCUGCUCUUCCUCUGCUCCCGCUCCUUCCCACCCCUCCUAAGAGUUAAGCCUGUAAAUCUUACUCCGCGCAUCAUUUUUGGUUUGUGAAGGCAGCGGCUAAGGGCACAAAUACAGCCAUGGGGACGUUUAUGUAAAUACGUUUAAUUGCCACACUGCAGCUGAAUGGUGUGUAGUAUUUUCCCGGUCGGCUUUGCCAUACUGAUGUCAAUCAUCUGAGAGAAAUUAUUCAAAUUUUAUUUUUAUAUCCGUGAUGAUAACAAAACUUAGCCAAAAGAUUUCCUGUUCAGAAGUUUCCCUGACUUCCCCUGCCCCAAGCUAUUUGCUCGUGUUAACAAAUUAAAGUGCCUCAAGCGUAAUUCAUUCACCUGUAUACUAAAACCCCUGUUGUAUUGAUUUUUAUAAUAAGCCUUUUUACCUCUGUAAAUAUAUACAUAUAUAUAUAUACAAGUGUAUGAUGUACAUUUUAGUUCUUAACUUUUUUUAUGGUUUCUAAUAUGUAUGACCAAUGUAGCCAUUGCUUUAAAAUGUACCAUGUAAAUAUAAACACAUUCUAUCAGAA